AUGCCUAUAGACCGAAUAGCAGGUUUACAGCUGGGACUACUGUUGAUGGCAGUUCCAUUGCAGUACAUAGUCUCUAGAUAUAUGUCUACUAAUGAAUCUCAACGCAGCUAUGCAAUCAGAAAUUUAUUCAACAAUGCUGCUGGUUUUAAAGAGAGAUAUUUAUCCUGGAAGUCCUGGCAGCAGUGGUGUAUGAGUUUCAUAUUCUGUGAAGAACGGGAGAGCUACGCUGGACAAGAUGAUCUCAAUGGGGAAUCCCCUGCCAUAGAAGUUCUGAAAUAUAAAGACCCAGAGGGAUACUUUGGAGGUAACGUGGUUAUUCAUGGGAAGGAGAGAUUAAAGAAUUAA